AAGAGGCCAGCCAAGAUGAACCAAUGGUCCAGUUGCCUGUUGGGAUGGAUGACCUUCUUCCUCUACUCCUAUGAGACAAGUGGAAAUAAGAAAGAUGCCUGCAUCUUUCCUUUCAUCUACAAGGGGUCUACUUACUUCUCUUGCACCAGAACCAAUAGCUUCUCCCCUUGGUGUGCAACUAGAGCAGUUUAUGAUGGACAAUGGAAGACUUGCGUGACAGAAGAUUACCCACGCUGCAUCUUCCCCUUCGUCUAUCGAGGAAGGUCCCAUUACAACUGCAUCACGGAAGGCAGCUUGCUUGGAAAACUGUGGUGCUCUGUCACCUCCAGCUUUGAUGAGAAGCAGCAGUGGAAAUACUGUGAAAUAAAUGAGUAUGGGGGAAAUUCUUUCAGCAAGCCGUGCAUCUUCCCGUCCAUCUACAGAAAUAAUGUGAUCUCUAAAUGCAUUGACGAUGACAGCAACAAGCUCUGGUGCCCAACCACAGAGAACAUGGAUAAGGAUGGAAAGUGGAGUCUCUGUGCCGACAUCAGAAUUUCCUCAUUGGUUCCUGGCUAUCCUUGCCACUUCCCAUUCACCUAUAAAAACAAGAGUUAUUUUAACUGCACUAACAAAGGAUCAAAGGAGAACCUUUUAUGGUGUGCAACCUCUUACAACUAUGACCGGGACCACACCUGGGUGUAUUGCUGAUGCGAAGGGAGGAGAAACAUCUUCAGAGGAAGACUGACAUAUUGAGUCUGGAACCUGCUUCAUCUUUUUCAUCACAUCUUUCGAGCUCUGAUAAUCACCUUUAGAAAUACCCUGUCCACUAUCUUGCUUAGUCAGUUGGUUCUUUGUGAAGAACAGAGGGAAAAUGUGGCAUAACCACCAAUAAAGGAGCCCAAA